UUUCUCUAAACAUUUGUAUCUUUGUCUCUUUAAAAAUGAAGCUCUCUCUGCGUUUGGUCCCAGCCCUUCUCCUCUCGUUCAUGCUCCUCUUUGCCACAGGAAUGGGUCCUGUGGAAGCAAGAACGUGCGAGUCACCGAGUAGCAAAUUCCAAGGAGUUUGUCUCAACUCACAGACCUGUGCCAAAGCUUGCCCCAGCGAAGGUUUUACAAGCGGUCGAUGCAAUAGUCUCCGUUGCUACUGCUCCAAAGCUUGCUAAUUCAUCAAUUAAUCAUUUAUCGAAAAAUGAACAUUUAAAUUUAUACUCUCUUUCAUCGUUUUCUAGUUUCGACAGAAAUAUAAUAAUCUUGAAAGGCACUAUUUAUUAUGUGUUUUUUUUUUGUAUAUAUAAUAAUGUUGUUUUUUUUCUGUGUGUUAAGAAUUUAAGUGUUUAUGUAUU